UUUAUAUGGCAACCCUUAAAUUUUGCAAAUCGUGAAGUUCUAGCAUGUGAUAUUUUCGUGAAAAUUUACAGUUUUUAGGGAAAAAAACGUGCUAAAGUGAACUGAAUUUGAAUUAUUAGUGGAUUGUGAGUGAUACUUUAAGUGCAUUGUGUUGUUGAAUCAGUGUUUCAUAGUUUAGUGGCCGGCGACAAAAAAUACAUGGAUAAACCAGUCACCUGAGUUGAAAGAGUAUUAUGGAGUCUCACAUCCUAAACUCGUACCAUCAAGCCCGCUACCGCAUCCACGGCCACAACCGCAUGGGUUCGACCAGUGAGUCUUACUCCUCAGAGGGUAGCUGCACUCAGAACAGUCCGGACUACCCGGAGAAGUUUGCACCGCAGGCCACGGAGUAUACUGCAGAGGAGGCCUGUGGCAACUGGGAGGCCAACCGAAACGGUGAUGCAAAUGUCUCAGUCAAAGCCGAGGAAGAAUCAAGUGAGUUGAGUUCAGACGAGGAAGAGGCAGAUCAUCCUGAGACAAAUGUGGUCACAUCUCACGACCCAGAGGUGGUCGAAGAGUAUUACGAAGAGGAAGUGUGUGAUAGUGAUGAUGAUUACGAGAUAGUAGUAGAUGACGAUGCUCCGCACUCUGACGGCCCCAUCAUACAGGUGUACGCUGUUGACCCUGAUCUAGACCUCGAGGCUUCUGAUGAAGAAGACUACUGCAUACAAAACAAAAGCGUCGAUGAAACUGACGCAGUCUACGAAGAGGAAGUAUCGACGGUUGCGUAUGCAGAAAAUGCUGAGAACGGAUACCAUAAUGAACAGGAGAACCAUGACAAUUUAGGUAUAAAUUUAGAUACUCCAGUCGUUUCAAAUGUCGACGAAUAUUUCAUAAAAGAUGGGUCUAGGAAUGAUGAGAAAAUAUUGGAGGUCAAAGAUCAACCGGUGGUCGCUGAUGUAGAUGAAUAUUUUAUUAAAGAUAGUAAUAAAAUUAACAAUGAGCUGCAAGUGGAAGAGGAAGAAUCUACUAUACCGAAUGUCGAUGACUUUUUUGUUAAAGAUGCUAAACCUAAUAAAGAGAUUGAAGAUCUUGUGGGUACUGUCCCAAACGUUGACGAUUUCUUUAACAAAGUGGAAGAUAAACAAGCACCAGUAUCUGAAACCAAAGUUGAAGAUACUCAUAUAGUUAGCACUGAACAAGACAUACUUCCUCAUAUAGAGCAUAUAAAAAGGUUUCUGCUGGAAGACAUGCCAUGUCCUAAAUUACAAUCGAAAUCUGUUCAAAGAUCAUGUUCGUUGCCUCAUUCGCCUGCGCAUUUCUCAUACCUCGAUGCUGACGAUGCUAAAACUAGCUUGAGCUUUGAAGAUCUAAACUUAGAUCUAUCUGAUUUCUCAUUUGAUGAAAGUAAAGGCGAAAAGAACUUUUCAUUUUCAUCCAACAACAGUGCUAAUAAAAGUGAUGAUCCUCCGAGGACAUUAACUGAAGAAGAUGUAAAUAGCUUCUUGAUAAAAAGCAAAAAAGACAUUGAAUUGGCAUUUGAAGACCCCAAAGCAGAUGUAGAUCUAAACCAAGAGGAUAUGGAGAUAGAUUGUCCAGUAGAAGCUAAAAUUGAUUGCUCUACGGAAAAAAUAUUUGCAAUAGAACCUAAUGUCAAUAAAACUAAUGUAGAGCCUACACCACCCACCACUGUAGUGAAUCCAGUAGUUGGAGAAAUAGAUAUAGAAUCGGAAAUAAAAGCCAGUGUAAUAACACCAAUAGUUAAGCCACCAGCAAUAGAACAACAUAAACACUCGAAGAAAACAAUUGUAAUUGAUAAAAAACAUGUAGUACCACUCACUUCUACUCCUAAACCUAAAGCAUCGUCAACACUACUCGAUUUUUGCAUAGAGAAACCUGCUUCAGAGAAGAAGGUAAUAAAAAAAGAAAAGGAAAUCAAACAAGAGGCAGAUGAUUUUGUUGAUGUGGAAUCGUUAAAUGAUACCGUGAUCCCAGUACUCGCGGCAAACAAUGUCAGCUCACUGUUAGAACAAUUUGAAGCCUCGGAGAAGAUCAACCCUAAUGUUAGAAGAAAACAAGUGGUUAAAGUGGAGCCUAGCACUAAAGGCAAAGUGUCGAAUGGUCUUGCAAAUGGCAUGCGUUUGCAAGACGCGGCUGUUCAACUCAACAAGAAUAAAAUGCGUCAAAUUUUGAUGUCGUCACCGACGGGCAACACGGUAGUCAAAAAGAGUCAGACUGUACAUUCUGACCACGACUACUGCUCUCCGAAGAAACGGCACAGUCUCCCCGCUUCUUUGAAAGGUGGUCAGAGCUUGUUGAAGCCAGAAGUGUUGUCCAGCAACAACAAAAUACUUAGCUCGAGACAUCGCUCGUGCAAAAACAAAAAAGUUGUCUACCACUUGAGUAGUGACGACGAAAGUGCGGACAGCAGUAAGAACAAAAAAGAAAGCAGUGUAAAAGCAAGUGUAAAGGCCCCGCUCAUAUCCAACCACAGAAAGAAACUUUCUCCUCCCCCUAGUGAUGUUAUUAAGGAAAGCAACAUUACUGUGAUUUCAAAUAAUGCUUCUAAAGCAAGUGAUAACUGUAGUCAAAGUUCCAGUGGUAGCAUUAAGUUAACUAUUAAAAAUAAGUCUAAAGUUAUACUUAAAAUAGACUGUGAUGAUAAAAAAGACUCGCACAAAAUUAUUAAAAACAGUGAACCGGUGAAACCCAGUGUUUGCAAGCAAGUGGACUUUGAUAAGAAAGUUAUUCAGAAAAAUACUAAAGUAGAUAGCAAUGUAAAUAAAAUUGAAGCUAAUAGUAUAGGUAACAAUAUUUCUACUGAUGUAGUUGUUAAGGAAGAACCCCGUCCAAUGAAAGAAGACUUUUACACAGCACUUUUUAAAAACAAACAAGACAUUCAGAUAACUCUUCCCGAACCAGAGAUAGUUAAAUCUGAGACAAAGCCCAUAGACAGUGUUCAGAAAGAGGAAAUUACGGAAAUCGUUACAAGCCCGCCCGUAACGAAUACUGAAACUAAACCUCAAAAGAAGAAACUAAAUCUGCAGGAAUAUAUGCUGAGGAGGGAAGGCGCUCCCUCUAAUGGCAGCUCAAGAACAGUCAGCCCUGAAGCAAUAUUCCCAGAAAUGCAUAUUCCAAUAAACCUGGAUAAGCUGCUGCCUAAAAGUCAAAUCUCUCCCAACAAUCUGUUGACCACGCCCGACAAAAACGACCUGGAAACGCCUAAGAAAAUCUUCGACCCAAUAAGAGAAGCUUCGCGGAAAAUACUUGCAAACACUAAGAACAAAAAAGCCGAAGCCACAAGAAAAAGGGACGAAGAUAUAGUGAUGAGCAAGAUACCUAAAGUCGAAAAUCUACAGCUCCAACCGCUCAUUAGUGACGCAGAGAUGAUGAAAAUGGUUGGCAUGGUACCCAAUGAGAUUCUACCCAUCCCUGUCCCAUCCACAGAGAAACCGAAAAGUAAUAAAGAUUAUGUUGAAAUAGUCUUAGUCAGUGUUGGAACCAACACUGAUGAGGCAGUGUUGAAAAAAAUGAGGCGACAAAUACAAGCGCAAAAUAAGAAAAAGGAGAUAGAAAACGAAAGAGAAAGGAUUCUGACAUCACCCACACAUGAUAAAUCAACAAUAAAUUUCAAAAUCAAGAAAUCAGACUCUGUACUUAAGCAAAACGUAUUUGAAGCAGCCAAAAAGGAUUCGAAAACGCAAACUGAAGAGAAACGCGAGAAAAGGCAACCGUCACCAGCUAACACCAAGGAACCAAAAAUUGACAAAGAACGGUACAAAGAUAUAACAGCUACACUCAAAAGUGUUGGUAAACAUACGAAAGUAUCAAGUAAUUCUCUAUUUGCGAGUAUACAGGAUGUGGUUCUAAAGAAAGCACCAGAAGAAGAGAAAGUAGUCGAAGAAAAAGUGGAGAAAAAGAGAGAUGACAGGAGGUCUAAACCAUCAUCACCUGUGGAAAAGCAAACAUUCUUCAAAUCGAGUUCAGUGAAGACCAAAAUCGUGCGUGACUUCGACUCCAAAGUAGAACACGGCGAAGAUAAAAUAAUUCUACAUCUUGAGAAAAAUAGAUCAAAACCUACUGCCUGUUGUAUGGUUGUACAGACUGACCCGAGCGAUGACUUUGCUCAGCUGGAAACACUACCAGAACUAACAGUAACUAACGACAGUCCAAAAGACGCGAGUAGAAAGAGAACUGCUAGCGACAUGUCGAUAUCCAGCGAGACUAGUCCACCGAGGAAGACAGAGAACAAAGACAAGAAGAGGAUAGAAGACAAACAGAACAAACCAGAGAAACAAAUAUCUGAAGAGAGGAAUCUGAAAAUCUCAAUGGAACGCCGAUCGCGAUCGAAAGACCGAUACGAGUCGAAGUACCGCCGGCGAUCGCGGUCCAGGAGCAGGCGUUCUAGGAGCCGCCGCCGCAGAAGAACGCGAAGCAGAACGCGAUCGAAGUCCAGAGGCAGAUCUCGGUCCAUAGACCGCUACCGCAGAUAUAGACGUUCGGACUCGCCGUACAGAUGCAGCAAGCGUUCGCGUUCUCGCUACCGGCGGUCGUCCACCCGCUCGCGUUCCAGAAGACGCGAUUACCGCUCGGUCAGAACGCGAUCGCGGUCGCGGCACACGUCCCACAGGUCCAGGAGUCCAAUAGCGAAGAAGACUAAAGCCAGUCCAGAAGUGGACAAGACUGAGAAGAAGUUGGAAAGAUCCAACACGCCUCCCCUGAGGAAGCCGACGGUUUCUGAAAGCUCAGACUCGUCGUCGAGCUCAUCAUCAAGCUCGUCAUCGUCAUCAUCCUCGGGCUCGGACCGCAGCCGCUCGCGCAGCCGCUCCAAGCGGCGGACCGUGUCGCCCGCCUACCGACGCGCCUACACCUCGUACAGUGAGGAAGCACGAGACAACAACACGCCAGUCGAAGAGCGCCGCAUAGUGUUCGUGGGUAAACUGGAGCAGGAUAUGAGCAAGGCGGGCCUGCGGAGCCUGUUCUGCAAGUUCGGACCGAUACUGGAGGUCACACUGCAUAGUAAGGAGGAUGGAUGUCGCUACGGCUUCGUGACGUUCCGGUGCGGGCGCGACGCCUGGGCGGCGGUGGAGGCGGGCGCCGCCCUUCCUCAGUACGACAUCGGCUUCGGAGGCCGCCGCGCCUUCUGCAGGCAGAGAUAUGCUGAUUUAGAUGGCCUGGAAGCAGAGUACACAGAGAGCGCGUACAUGGGCCAGCCAGCGCUGCCGCCCGUCAUUCGCAACGACGAUAUGUCAUUCGAACAAAUGCUGCAAGAGAUGAAGAACAAACUCAGCCAACGCAAGAGCGAAAAGAGGGCGGACGACCAACCUUGACGGUUGUUGCUGGCCGGAUAUUUUUUUCUUAAAUUUCUAUCGUUCGUUUUUUAAAAGGCCGCGCCUUUUUGCUGUCCGCAAACGCGGCUGUGGUUCUAGAACCGAUUCAGGGUAGCUUUGUGAUUGGUAGGCGUCACUGUCAGUUUGACAGCUGUCAGAUGGACACGGUUGUUUCGAUUGAAGUAGGUGUGUGAUUUUGACAGCUGUCAAUGUGGCGCGAAAAGAAAGUCAAAGUAUAUUUAUUAUGAAAUGAGACUAUUCUACGCUGUGUAAGAGAUUUUCGGGUUAUUGUUAGUUGAAAAGUCUUAUGUUGCUCACAUUGUACCUAUUCGUUUUUCCUUUAGUACAUUUUAUUGUUUAAAUUAGUUGCUAACUUACCUCGUGUAUGUAAAUAUUAGGUUUAGUCGAUUUUUUUAUUCGUUUUCGUACUUUAUGUAUGUGUAGUCUUACUUUAUCUCUCUGAUAUCACUUCGACAGUGUAUUUGACAUUAUCUGAGUACAAACGUUUGAAGAAAAAAUGCACUUAACACCAUUGCUUUUGAGUUGAUUUUGGAUUUAUAACCAGUUUUUUUUUUAAAUGUUUAGUAAAUGGUACUGAUAUAAAACUACCUCUG